AUGAGAUCUAUUAUUUUCAGUAAUUAUAGUGCAUUUGAUACACGUCGUCUUGGUGCUACUAUAGAUGUUGAACAUUCACAUCUUAGGUUCUUGGGUAAUAUGAGUUUAAAUCUUUGGGAUUGUGGUGGUCAAGAUGUAUUUAUGGAUAAUUAUUUUACAAAUCAAAAAGAUCAUAUAUUUAAAAUGGUUGAAGUUUUAAUUCAUGUUUUUGAUGUUGAAAGUAAAGAAGUUGGUAAAGAUAUUGAAGUUUUCGUUAAAUCAUUAAAACAAUUAAAACAAUUUAGUCCCAAUGCUAAAAUAUUUGUACUUUUACAUAAGAUGGAUUUAGUUCAAAUUGAUCGUCGUGAAGAAUUAUUUGGUAUAAUGAUGAAUAGAUUAAAUGAAACUUCACAAGUUUAUGGGUUUAAUGUUACAGGAUUUGCAACAAGUAUUUGGGAUGAAAGUUUAUAUAAAGCUUGGAGUUCAAUAGUUUGUUCAUUAAUUCCAAAUAUGAAUCAAUAUGAAACAAAUUUAUCAAAUCUACAAAAUAUAUUGGAAGCUCAAGAAAUUAUAUUAUUUGAAAAAACUACAUUUUUAGUUAUAUGUUCAUCAAAUAGUGGUAAUUUAUUAACAAAUGACAACAAUAAUAAUGAAAAUUUUGAAAAAUUAGAUCCAAAAAGAUUUGAAAAAAUUUCAAAUAUAAUGAAAAAUUUUAAACAAAGUUCAACAAAAUUAAAAUCUCAAUUUAGACAAUUAAAUUUAAAUAAUAAUUUAUUUAUAACUGAAUUAAGUUCAAAUUUAAUGAUUUUUGUUGUUUUACCAUUUGGUAUUAAUAAUAACUCAGGUUUAAUUCAAGAAAAUAUUAAACAAGCAAGAAAAUAUUUCCAAUAG